AUGGCCACUUUUGAUCCUCACAAUGUCAAUCUCGACACGGUGGAUCAAUCCCAAAUCAUCUGCUACCUCGCUCUCGGUCACAACGAGUACAACGGCUCCCUGGGUGCCCGCGUCUCAUCCAUCUUCGUCAUUGGCAUCGUCUCCUCCGUCUUCACUUUCUUCCCCGUUGUUGCCAAACGGGCGCCGCGAGUACGCAUCCCUCUUUACGUCUACCUUUUUGCCAGAUACUUCGGUGCAGGUGUCAUCAUUGCCACGGCCUUUGUGCACCUGCUGGAUCCCGCGUACAGCAGGAUCGGAUCCCAGUCUUGUGUCGGCAUGACCGGCCACUGGGGCGACUAUGCCUGGUGUCCGGCGAUUGUCCUCUUCUCCCUGAUGAUGGUCUUCCUGCUUGACUUUGGCGCCGAGCGCUACGUCGAGAAAAAGUACGGUAUUUGUCGCGAGGACCCCGAACCCAUCAUGACAACAGGCACCCAUGUGCACCAAGUCGAAGCGCAGAACCCAGAUCGCCCUCCUCCCCAUCCCAACCCCCAUCCUCAUCCGCACUUCGAAUCACCGAGCGCACCUUCGUCGCUCGAGACCAAGGAGAAAAAAGCCAACGACAUCGAGACCCUAUCCUGCGACGACAGCAUCAUGGUCCGCUCCUUCCGCCAGCAGAUCUCCGCUUUCUUGAUCAUGGAAUUCGGCGUCAUCUUCCACUCCGUCAUCAUCGGCCUGAAUCUCGGCGUGACAGGUAACGAGUUUGCAACGCUCUACCCCGUGCUUGUCUUUCACCAGUCCUUCGAGGGUCUGGGGAUCGGCGCCCGAAUGAGCGCUAUCCCCUUCCCCAGGGAUAGUCCACUCCCGUGGCUGCUAUGUGCGGCCUACGGCUUGACCACGCCGAUUGCGAUUGCGGUUGGGCUGGGUGUGCGGACGACGUAUAAUCCGGACUCGUUCACGGCGAUGGUGGUGGCGGGUGUGUUGGAUGCCGUGUCGGCGGGGAUUCUGAUCUAUACGGGGUUGGUGGAGUUGUUGGCGAGGGAUUUCUUGUUUGAUCCGCAUCGGACGACGGAUGAUAGGCGGUUGACCUUUAUGGUUGUUUCGCUGUUGUUGGGCGCGGGGAUUAUGGCUUUGUUGGGCAAGUGGGCGUAG